AUGAUGUUGCAAUUGAGUUGGUUGUGUAUUUUAGCAUCCCUUUUGUCGGUAUCUUUGUCGGCGAGUAUUAAAGGGAAGCUUGAUUUGAGUCCCCACUUUAAUAUAACAGGUGGAACCAUCCCUAGGACCAUUUUCAAAUUAUACCAGAUAGGAAACUACUCCCAGAGCCAUGCCUACUCAGAUCAAGUGCAAUUGAAGGAUCUUGAUGGAAAUUUCGAGUUUGAGGGCGUACCUUUGAAUCCAGGUCUAAAUGCCACAACGCAUUACGUACUAUACUCCAGUUCACUCGAUUAUAAUUUGAAACCAAACAGAAUAUUAAUUGAAUUCAAAAAUUCAGACAAUGAUGGAACUAAUUACGAGAUUAAAGCCUUCAGGAACGUUUUUGGUAAAGAAUUUUUCCCAUCUGCAGACAUAGCAUACCCAGAACAAUUGGAAUCUCUGCAAACAGAUCCACAAAUUACAAUAACUCUGGUAAAUUUAGCUCCAUUGAGAGCUUACUAUCAGCAAAGACGUAAGGGAUUUUUCCAAACAGGUCCUCUGGCAAGACUAUUGGAUAGUCGUUGGAAACAAGCAGCGGCCAUUACUGGUAUCGCAGUGAUACUUUUCCCCAUCUUACUUGAGAAAAUGGACCCUGAUACCGCUAAAGCCAUCAAGGAGGAACAACAGAGGAAACAAAGAGAGAAAUAUGCAGUUAAACAGGACUAA